AAGAGCAUAGUAUCGAAAAUUCAUAAAAGGAUAAAAUGCUGCCCGAGAAUUUUUCUUCUACAACUCGCGGUCCGAUAUAGACAACGACCAGUUUCCGGUUUGUUUAACAUCGGUGCGAUAUGGUAUUUUGCCUGUGGACUGUGAUGAUUUUAACUCAAAACGCUAGAGGAUACUCCAUAUCGGACCUGGACAUAGUAACGCGAGAAGAAUGGCACGCCAGGCCCCCAAAACUGGUGGAACCGAUGCCGAACCCAGUGCCGUACGUCAUCAUCCACCACAGCUACCAACCGGCCGCCUGUCACACGCCAGAGGCGUGCGUCAAGGCCAUGCAGUCGAUGCAGCGCUAUCACCAGGACGACAGGGGCUGGAACGACAUCGGAUACAGUUUCGCAGUGGGCGGGGACAACAGGGCCUACACGGGCAGGGGUUGGUCGGCGGUGGGCGCGCACGCGCCUCACUACAACAACCGCAGCAUCGGCAUAUGCGUCAUUGGCGACUGGACAGAAGAACUACCGCCCACCUCACAACUAGACGUGGUCAAAAAACUGAUAGACUACGGUGUUCAAAACGGUAAAAUCAGACCGGACUAUAUGCUGCUGGGGCACAGACAGGUCAGGGACACGGAGUGUCCUGGUGACGCCUUGUUCAAAGAGAUCAAAACGUGGCCGCAUUGGAUAGCGGAGCCCCCAAACGAUGGGGUGUACUUGGAAAACGUCAACAGUGGAGCCAAUGCUAUAAUCGCUUAAUAAACUAGUUCUUGCCAG